CGGGCCUCCCCGUGCGCGCGUUCCACGUGCUUCCACGGGCGGAACACCUGCGGCCCUGCGCCCCGCCCCCGCCCACGGUCAUCAGAUGGAUAUAUGGGCACACAAUUAGUAAUUGGAUAGGAAAUCAAGGCCGAAUCCCCGAAUUGGCAUCACCUCACCUCGAUUUGUUUCCACCCGUGGUGUUCGCCGUCACGCCGGCCUAUGGGGGCGAUGGAUCUCCAUCACCGGAUCGGCGCGGGGGACUGGCUCUACGGCUUCGAGGAUGAGGACGAGGAGGAGGAUGUGCCGGCCGUGGAGGAGUCGUCGGACGACGAGGACUGGAAGCUCGAGCUGGAGAAGAAGGGGAGGAAGAGGAGGAGGCCUCGGUCAAGAAGGCCGGCUCCCUCCAAGCGGCGGCGCGUGGCGACUCCCUCGCCCUCGCCGGCCUCGUCCGAGUCGGCGUCGACUUCUGGGGCGUCGGCCUCCCGGAAGCCCCGGCCCCGCGGCGCCGGGAUUAAGCAGGGCGCCGCGCGCGGGGAUACGCCCAUCGAUGGCCCCGCCGUCGUGGUCCCGGAACAGGACGCGGCGGUGGAGGUCGACGAGACGGCAGCGAGCACAAGCGGCACCAGCCGCAGGAAAGGAGGAAGGGCGUGUCACCAAUGCAAGAGGGUGAAGAAGAAGCCGGGACAGAUGAUCGAAUGCGGGCGAUGCGACGAGAACAUCUACUGCGCCCCCUGCAUCAAGAAACAGUACACGGAGAUGUCGUCGACUGAGGUUAGAGCUGAAUGCCCAUCCUGUCUUGGAAUCUGCAACUGUAAACGCUGCACUGCCGUGGUUAAGCAGCGUGAACCCAAGAGCUCAGGUUUGAGGAAAUGUAAGAGCAGGAUAUCAGUUACAAGGAGCAGGAGAGCUGGUGCCACCGCUGGAAAUGAUCACCCCUUCCUAAACUCUAAUGGGAUCAGUAACACAUCUGUGAUAUCAGAUAAGGUAGAUACAAUGGAUGUGAGAGGCGACGAGGUUGAUGCUGUGACUAAAAUAAAAUAUGCUAGAUAUCUUUUGCACUACCUGCUUCCUUGUCUGAGGGACCUGAACAAGGAGCAGAUGGUUGAGAUAGAAAAAGAGGCAGAAAAUCAAGGAUUGAGUGUAUCUCAAUUGAGUGUAGAACAGGCUGAUUGCCGGAAUGAUGAGAGGGUGUUCUGUGACAAUUGCAGAACUUCAAUCUUUGAUCUGCAUAGGAGCUGUCCAAACUGCUCGUAUGAAUUGUGCAUUGUAUGCUGCAAAGAGCUUCGUGAAAACGAACUGCUUGGCACUUGUCGGGAAGAACUGGUGUCUUAUCCUUAUCGAGGAAUUGAGUAUAUGCAUGGUGGUGAUCCAUCGCCUGAGUCAAAAACCUUCAAAGAAACAGAUAUUUCCAGUAACACUAUGAAGUGGCCUGCAAUUUCUGACGGGAUUAUUCAUUGCCCUCCAACUGAUCAUGGUGGUUGUGGCAAUCAUGUUCUUAGGUUGAGACAAAUAUUUCCGAAAGACUGGUUAAAUAGGCUCGAAAUGGAUGCCGUACAGUUUAGUAAGAAGUUAGAAACUUCUGAUGUCAGUGGAUAUGCACGUGAAUGUACGUGUUGUACUAAAAAUGAAAAUGCAAGGCAUGCUUCCAUAAGAGAGAAUUCAGCAGAUAACUACUUAUACUGUCCAACAUCAGAUAAUGGGAAGACGGAAGAUCUGACACAUUUCCAGAGCCACUGGGUGAAAGGAGAGCCUGUUAUUGUUCAAGGGGUACUCAAGAAAAUGCCAGAUUUGAGCUGGGAGCCACCACAUAUGUGGUCUGAAAUUCAUGGUGCUAAUACUAGCUCUGACAUGGAAAAUGUGAAGGCUAUUGAUUGCUUAUCUUGCUGUGAGGUUGAGAUACGCACACAAGAUUUCUUCAAAGGAUAUUCUGAAGGUCGGAUGUAUGAAAAUCUUUGGCCUGAAAUGCUUAAAUUGAAGGACUGGCCUACUUCAAAUCAUUUUGAAGAGCUUUUGCCUUCGCAUGGAGCAAAAUACAUCCAUUCUUUACCAUUUCAACCAUACACAAAUUUGAAAUCCGGCUUGCUAUGUCUCUCCGCAUUGCUUCCUGAUGAUAUUCUAAAACUUGAUAUGGGCCCAAAAUCAUACAUAGCUUAUGGCUGUGCACAGGAACUUGGCAGAGGAGAUUCUGUUACUAAGCUUCAUUGUGAUAUAUCUGAUGCAGUUAAUGUUUUGAUGCAUACCGCAAAAGUUACCCCUUCUGAAGAACAAGAAGAUGCAAUAAAAAAACUUAAAGGAAGACAUGAUGCUCAGAAUGGAAAGGAUUGUUGUGGGAAUGUUGCAACUGAUGGAAAUGAUACAUGUCAUGAAAGCUAUGUGGAUGUAGAUCACAUAUCCACUCGUAGAUGCAGUGAGGAUGAUUAUGGAGGUGCUUUAUGGGAUAUUUUCAGGAGGGAGGACAUUACAGAACUGAAAAAGUACCUUAUAAAACACUCCAAGGAAUUUCGACAUAUAUAUUGUUCCCCGGUUGAAAAGAUAUUUAACCCGCUACAUGAUGAAACAUUUUAUUUGACCAAGGAACAUAAAAGAAAGCUUAAAGAGGAGCACGGGAUCGAACCUUGGACAUUUGUACAGAAACUUGGAGAGGCUGUUUUUAUACCUGCUGGGUGUCCUCAUCAAGUACGGAAUCUCAAGUCCUGCACCAAGAUUGCUCUAGAUUUUGUAUCACCAGAGAAUGUCAAUGAGUGUCUCAAGUUAACUCAGCAAUUCCGCAUGCUUCCAAAGAACCACAGAGCUAAAGAAGACAAACUAGAGGUACAACUGUUGAUUCCGGACUCGGCUACCCCGGGUAGUGUGCCAUCUUCACCCGCUGCGUCGACUACCGACGAUUCAUCCUCUGGUGUAGCUUCAUAUUCAGAUGCACAACUAAAUACACCCAUGUCGUCUCCUUCGUCACUACUAGUCACUCACAUCCCAUGUAGACCCAACUACAACGCAACGUUGUGAAGCCAUGCCAACCGCAUGAUGAGAUUAUCGGUAUGAUCCCAAGAAGUGCACAUUUACUACUAUCGAGCCAUCUUCUGUAGAUGAAGCGUUGUCUUCAGAAGAUUUGACUGCUGUCAUGCAAGCUGAAUAUGAUGGCCUACUUUAGAAUCACAUAUGGACAUUGGUACCUCCUCCCGCCAAGCAUCAUGUGGUCAAUUGCAAAUGGGUAUUCAAGUUGCAACACCGGUCAGAUGGUACGGUUGCACGGCACAGAGCUCGGCUCAUUACCCGUGGUUUCACUCAAAGACAAGGCAUCAAAGACAAGAUUGACAUCUUCUUGCAGAUGUAGUGACACAGGGGCUGGCAUCUUCCAACAACUCAACGUCCAAAAUGCUUAUCUACAUGGUAACAUUAGGAAGUAACAUACGAGCAACAACCUCCAGGAUAUGUGGUUAGUCGUUUGAGCAUUGAUGCCGAGUACAAAGCAAUUGCAAAUGCUACUGUUGAAGCUGUCUAGUUAUAGUUUGGUAUGAAAGAGCUUGGAAUCUUCCAGUCAAGAGCGCAGGUGUCGUGGUGUGAUAAUCUUGGAGCUACAUUCCUCGCCACCAGUCCAGCGUUUCACGCGAAGCCAAAACAUAUCGAGAUCGACUUUCACUUUGUUCGAGAGAAGGUAGCGAUCGAAGCGCUCCAGGCUCGGUUCAUGCGAUAUCUCUUGUAAAUAGAGAUAGAGUUGUAGUUAGAGUUAAGUUCUAGUUAGAAUCCUAACUCAUCUAGUCCUUAUCUCGGUGGAUCAAACCGACGUUGUUGUGCAUUUUAUCUAACUACAUCUCAUGGCAAUAUAAAGGAAACCGAGCCGGCCUGUUUAGAGCUGUGCCAUUC